AUGGAUGGAAUCAAAUAUGCAGUAUUUACAGACAAAAGUAUUCGGUUAUUGGUGAAAAAUCAAUAUACUUUUAAUGUCGAAUCAGGAUCAACUAGGACAGAAAUAAAGCAUUGGGUCGAACUCUUCUUUGGUGUCAAGGUAAUAGCUAUGAAUAGCCAUCGACUCCCGGGAAAGGGUAGAAGAAUGAGACCUAUUAUGGGACAUACAAUGCAUUACAGACGUAUGAUCAUUACGCUUCAACCGGGUUAUUCUAUUCCACCUCUUAGAAAGAAAAGAACUUAA